AUGCUGAAGUCUGUCCCGCUGACCUCUGUCUACCACCCUUUCCAACCAUUCUGCUGCCUCCCUCCCACCACCCCUGCCUUCUGCUGCCUUUUUUACCUCUCUCUCCCAAACCUCUUACUUUCCUUUACUUCUGUCCCAUUUGCCUCUCUCUUAUCUGUGCCUGGAACCUGUAGGCAGCUUGCGUCGCCCUCUAUUAGUGCCUUGAAACAGCCGGGUCCCUGCUCUUCUAUCAGCGUCCCCGUUGGAGCUCUCGGGGUGAGUCCAUCAGCUCUUUUCUCUGCUGAGCUUGGCAGGUCGCCCCUGCGUCUGCACAGAGCGCAGCUGAGGGUGCUCCUCUGUCUUGAGGUCACCUCUGUGGACCCCUUUCCCUCCCUCAGCCCCCACCACACACACAGUGGCCUUGGAGCAGUUGUUCCGAAGUCUUUCCCGCCUUACUUCCCCCCAUGUCUGCUCUCACUUUGCUGA